AUGUUGGGGUCGAGCAAGAGUGCUACGGCAGGCGAGGCGAGGCAGGCGGUGGUGCAGGGCGCGGGUGGGAGGAAGGACAGCAGGGAGUCGCGAGAUGACAGCGGCGGGAGUGGCAAGAAGGAAAAGAAAAAGGAGGAGAGCAAGAAGGAGAAGAAGGAGAUGGAGAAGCGCGAGAAGGAGCUCGAGCGACAGAAGAAGGAGAUCGAAAAGGAGAAGCGCGAGCUCGAGAGGCGCGAGAAGGAGCUCGAGAAGAAGAACAAGAAAAAGAAAAAGGACGCCGACAAGGAGCUCAUCAAGAAGUCCUCUUCCUCCUCCUCACCCGCCCCCUCCCCUUCUUCCGCCACUUCCACUUCCACUUCUUCUUGUUCCUCCUCUUCUUCCUCAUCAUCUUCAUCUUCUUCCUCUACUUCAUCUCCAUCAUCGGCCGGCUUGCUGGGCGUUCCCUACGUCCAGAGCGAGAGACGCCGGAGCGGCAGCUGGAUCCGCCCGCGGAGCCUCAAGUUCAAGAAGGCCAGCGGCGUCAGCAAAGGGAAGGGCGACUCGGUUGAGUUGAGCGGCGGCAGCAGCGCUGAGCUCAACUCCAGCUACCCGCCGUCGCCCAGUUCGAGCGGGCCGCUGUCGCCGACCACCACGCCGUCGCCGGCCAGCCCCAGCCGCGGCGCACGCGGGCCGCCGUCGCACGGCCAAGACUACGAAGGGCGCGCGGCGGGCGUGGUGCAAGAGGCGGCGGUGCGGAGGAGCAGCGGAAUGGUGACGAUGGCGGCGGUGGAGGGAGGCGGCGGCGGCGGCGUGCGGGCGUCGAUGGCCGACGGAUCGCUGCUGGAGACGCUGAAGCGGCUCAAGUCCAACGACCGCGACCUGACCGAGUUCAAGACGCCGCCCACGAUCAUGCAGGAGCUGCAGGCGUCGACUCUGGAGCUCAUCAAGAUCAUCUCCGACUGUCUGGUCUUCAACACGCACCUCAAGAAAUUGGAUCUGUCGGGUUGCGAGAUGAAGGAGGUCGAGGUGAAGCUGCUCGCAGAGGCGCUUCGCGUGAACUCGACCCUCGAAUACCUCAACAUCACGUGGUGCAACCUCGGUGAUGCUGGAUCGGCUGCCCUCGCAGCUGGCUUGGGAAUCAAUGAGGGGCUCAAGGUGGUGGACAUGCGCCACAACCGAAUCACGGCCAAGGGUCUCCACGCCAUCGCUUCGUUCCUUCGGACCAACAUCACGCUGCUCGAGCUUCUUCUGUCGAAAUCCGAGCAGCUGCUCAUCGCCGGCGACGAUCUCAUCUUCGACGACUCCGACAACUCGUCCCUCGUCGACCAGGAGCACCGAGACAAGCACAGAAUCGAGGAAAUCCUCCUCUCCAACAAAACCCUCUCCAAGUGCUUCUCGGGGGAGAGCAAGAAGGUGGAUCUGAGCGGGCGUGGGAUGGAGAAAGUGCCAUCGCUGUUCUUGGUGAUCCCCACCAUCGUGUCCCUCGACCUUUCGCACAACCGACUCAAGUACCUGCCUCGGGGCAUCAAGCAGCUCACACGCCUCGAAUUCCUCAAUCUGUCGCACAACCAGCUGCAGGAGCUGCCGCUCGAGCUGGGCACGCUCCAUACGCUAAAGCAUCUCGACGUGCAACACAACAACCUGACCGAAGUGCCGCUCACGCUCAACUUGUUGGACAAUCUGGAGGUACUGGACAUCAGCCACAACAACAUCUCCUUCCUUCCCGUCAGCCUGGGCACCCUGCCCAGCCUCAAGGAGCUCCACGCCCACAGCAACCCACUGCCCUACCCCAAGAAAGUUGUACUGUCAUCGGCGGGCACGGGCGUGCUAUCGUAUCUGCGGGAAAAGAACAGCGGCAGCGCGCUCUGUCACCGAAUCAAGCUGAUGUGCGUCGGUCAGGCCAACGUGGGCAAGACCUCGCUCGUCGAGAAGCUGCUCAGCAAAUCGGUCACCAAACCAACCGAAUCCGAGUCCGGAUCAGCCCGCGCCGCCGGGCGUAAUGCCCACCCGGACGACCAAGAUCUCGGCACAUCGGGCGCAAGCGUGGGCGCCGAAGUCAACAACAAGGCCUUGUCAGCGGUCAAGCGCACCGAUAGCGAGCGCAAUCGGCGAUGGAGCUACUCCGAGGUGGAGCACGGCAAGCUGGCCCUCGUCAGCAGCGGCGGCGCCAGCGGUGGUGACGAGUGGGAUGGCAACGACAAGUCGUCGAGUCCGGCCAGCAAGGCCCGACGGCGCCCGGGCAAGAGGCUCGACGUGGCCACCGACGGCAUCCGCAUCCGCGACUGGACCGCCAAGUCGAUCAGCCGCAAGGACUCCUCGGCCAAGGCCGACAAGAAGGACAGCAACAGCAGCAAAGCGGAGGGCAGCAAGGAGAACAUCAUCACCUUCUCCUCGUGGGACUUUGCCGGGCAGGAGAUCUACUACUACACCCACCUCUUCUUCCUGUCGCGACGGGGCAUCUACCUCCUCAUCUUCAACCUGCUCAAGCCCGAGGAGGAGGCCUCGCGCAUCGAGUACUGGCUCCAAUCCAUCCACACUCGCGCUCGCGGAGCGCCCGUCAUUCUGGUGGGCACCCACCUGGACGCGAAGAAGUGCACGAAGAAGUAUCUGGACCACCUCUACGCCAACCUCCUGCAGAAGUUCAGCGGCCAGUUCAAGAACAUCCGCUUCUUCUUCGCCCUGAGCUGCGCGACGGGCAAGGGCGUGGAGGACCUGCGAAAGAAGCUGAUCGAGGUGGCGCAGAGCAUGAUCGAAAAGGAGGGCCUCAUCCCGCAGUCCUACCUCACUCUCGAAGAAAAGAUCCGCGCGAUCGCGAUGCUGGAGCCGCAGCCGGUGGUGAGCUGGGAGAUGUUCGAGCGACUCGCGCUGAGCAGCGGCGUAACACAGCCGGUGCUCCCCAAGGCGGCCAAGUACCUGCACCAGCUCGGCUCGCUGGUCCACUUCAACGAACGCGAAUCCGGACUCGACGACCUCGUCAUUCUCGACAGCCAAUGGUUGACGAACGUCUUCAGCGACGUGAUCACGCUCAAGCACAAUUUUGUCAAGUCCGGGGUGCUGCAGCGCAAGGACCUGCCGCAGAUAUGGAAGGCUCCGGCCUACCCCGAGACCGUACACGACUCGCUGGUCGCCCUCCUCGAACAGUUCGAGGUUGCCUACGCCCUGCCGCCCACAGAUACCAAUCCACAAGGCGCGAUACUGGUGCCGUGCCUGCUGCCGGACGCGCGCCCGGCAGACCUGCACAACCCGGACCUGUGGCCCAAGGAGGAAAGCGACCUCGUGCAGCUAUUCCGCUUCUAUUCGUUCGAUUUUAUGCCAUUCGGCUUCUUCAACCGCUUCAUGGUCCGCCUCUUGCGCUCCGGCUGGACGCUCAUCAGGUGUUGGAAGAACGGGAUGUUCUUUGCCAAGGGCGACGACAAGCUGCUGCUGGAGCUCGACAUGGAGGUGGCCUUCCGGCUGAAGCUGUGCAUGCGGGGCACAGCGCCAUCGCGACAGAUGCUGGUGCUGACCGCGAUGAUCGACACCCUCAUCGCCGACUGGCUGCGGGUAGAUGUCAAAGUCACCAUUCCGUGCACCCACUGCAUCAACGAGAAUGCCCAGCCUUUCCUCUUCACGCAGUCGCAACUGGAGCAGGCGGUCGCCAAGGGCAAAACGGUGGUCAACUGUCGCGGAGUGGACGUGGUGGGCAUAUUUGCGCUGGCGCCCGACCUCGUGAUGCUGGACCUCAACCGCAUCAUCGUCAAACAGGAGGACAUGCGCAUCAUCGACCAGCUCGCCCUCAACAACCGCACCAAAGUAUUUAAGGCGCAGCUGGGCGACGAAACGGUGGUGGUGAAGCAGUUCCGCGAGGAGUCUCUUUCGGCGAGCAGCCUCUCCGCCACUGCCGUCUCCAACGAAUUCCGCGCUCAAGUGUGGGAAAUCGGUGGUCUGGAGCAUCCGAACAUCGUCCCGCUCCGAGGUAUGUGCGAGGACCCUUUCAGUCUGGUGAUGGAGCACGUCGAGGGACCCUCGCUCGAGACCUUCCUCGCGGACCCCGCCUCCCACCGCCUCGUGCCCCUCGACUGGAAGUUCCGCAUCAAGCUCGCAAUGGAGAAUGUGAGCCAGGAGUCGGUGGUGGUGGCCAAGAUCGCCGACUUUGGCCUCUUCUGGGCUCCCUUCUACGUUGAGAACCGAGAGGAUGCCCCAUAUUGGCUGGCGCCCGAGGUGCUGUCCAAGCAAAAGCACACCGCCCAGUCCGACGUUUACUCGUACGGUACGCUGCUCUAUGAGCUGGUCACGGGCGAAACCCUCUUCGCCUCACAGAUACCCGAGUCGGGCUGGUCGGGCGUCGAGAAGCGCAUCAUCGCCGGCGAUCGCCCCGAAGUUCCCACAGACUGCUAUGUGGAGUACAAGGACCUGAUGGCCGACUGCUGGAACGCGGACCCCGCGCUGCGGCCGUCGUUCGAGUCGAUCCUCAAGCGCAUCUCCCGCAUCGCCAUCAAGUACAACCUGCCCCUCCCCGGCCCAUCGGGCAAGAUCGCCCUCCCCUCCUACUCCGUCCGCAAAUUCAGCGUUGCGUACGAGAACGAAGAAGAAGACACCCGGAGAAACAAGAGCAGGCGGCGAAUGGGAUCAUCACCACCGAUGCCUCUCGAGGAAACGGACACCGAGUCGGAGGUCGAGGAGCAGGCCACUGAGACAUUGGCGCCAACAGCCGCCGCCGCCACGAGCAACGUUGCGCCAGCACCGACACCUACGCCGGCCGAGGCGCCCAAGGAGGAGAACAGCAUCAAGAAGCGGCUCCAGAACACCCUGGCCACGCUCCAGCGCGAACUCGAGUCCGACGAGCAGGAGCUUACCACCUCCACCGGCGCCGUGUCGCCCACUCCGUCGUCGCUAUCGAACGCGACGGGCGCCGCAGUCCCGCGGCUCCCCAGCAGUGGUGGCACGGCCGCGCCAAAGAAACAAGCGGAGGCCAGCACCCCGCCGCCGCUGAGGCGCGAGGCCAACACGCCGACGGUGGCGGCCGGGGGCAGGCAGGUGUCGACGCUCACGCUGCGCUCGAGCGGCAGCGGGUCGAUGAAGGCGCAGGCCGAGCAGGAGGACAAGGGCAGCUUCAAUUCCGCCCUGCAGCGUCAAGCCGACCGCAUGCGCGAGCAGGUCGAGUCCCUCCAGAGCCAACUCAAGGAGGCCAAGAAGGCGCAGUCGAAAGCCGAGCGGAGUCUGGCCUUCCAGAUCCUCGAAAACGAUCGCCAGCACACCCAGAUGGAGCGGCUCAAGCGGAAAGUGGAAGCGCUGAAGAGCGAGAACGAUAAGCUGGUGAAGGAGGCGGCCCGGCAGAGCGGAACGCCGGGCACGGCGCCUCGGAUGAUGAAGACUGUGCGCACGGGCCAGGCCAGCAAGCAGUCGUCGCCCGCUCCGCUCAGGGACGGCGAGCGGGAUCUGGCCACAGUCGCCGCGUCUACUGCGACGUCAGGCAGCAUCGCCCCGCGGGAAGACGACGGCGACACACCCGCGCUGGCCAGCUCGAUGUCGGAGGACCACAACAAGAAGCGGCAGCUCACCGCCAUCUCCACCUCGACCCGCGCGCAGCGAGGCCUGUUCACGCCGUACGCGUCGCCCGAGGUCCCGGCCGAGGAAGUCGACGUGCGCGAGAUUCAAGAGCGACUGCGGAGGCGAAGCCUGAGCAAGCGCAUCCUCGAUCGACUGGCCUAUUGGGAGAACAUGCAGCAGCGGCAGGUGGUGCCUGCCGCACCCUCGUCGCUGGGCAGCAAGAGCUCCGGCCUCGCAUCGAGAGCGAGCACGACCCACGCCCGACCCAUCACGCGGUCCCCGAAGCUCGGCGAGCGAGAGCCGCACCGCCGAGCGUCCGACGGCGACGAUAAGGGGAAGGAGAAGGACGACGGCGAGGAGGGCGCCAUCAGCGGCGGAGAGGAGCUGAAGAGCUCGGGCAGCGUCGCGCGCAAGAAGGUCGAGCUGCGGAUCGAGCCGCAGGAGGACGCCGACGAGAAGCGCAAGAGCGUGAAGCUCAGGGACGACAACGACCAACAGCAACAGGACUCAGCGCCCAGCGACACUGCGACACGCACGAACAAGGACGACGAGAACGAGAACGAGAACGAGAACGAGAACGACAGCAGCAGCAGCGAGCGCGAAGGCGGUGGUGACAGCAGAAGCGGCGGGAGCGGGCUGACCGACUCUACCAGGUCGGUGGACGACGUGACGUCGGCCAAGCGCAAGUUCCUGAAGCGAUCGUCGUCGUCGAACAACUCGAUGGCACGCAAGCGGUUGAGCACGAGCGGCAAAUCGCUGCGGGAGCUCAACCCGCGGUUCUCGCUGGCCCCCGGCGCGUCGCUGUCGGCCUCCGGCCCGGUAGCGCUCGCCGCCGACGAGCUCACCUCGUCUUCCAGCGCCGUGGCCGGCAUCAAUCAGAUCUUCUACGGCAAGGCCGAGCUCGUCAAGCUCCUCCUCGAACUCGACGAAUUCGACUGA